AUGGAUAUAAAGAAGAGACAUGGAGAAAUACCUAUACCAUAUCUUAGCAAUGAGGAGCAUUUAGACAAAGAUCCCUGCUCUCAGUACCCGCAAGCAUCGAUGAGUCAGGAAAAGUCCAAGACAUCAACAAAAAGAUCCGCCACAGAAUACCGGUUGUCUAUUACCAGCAACCCCGGAUCAAGAAGAUCGUCACUGGGUGGGACAAAUACGGAGGGACUCGCUGUAGGGAGUAACAGUCGUUCGGGUACCAUAAAUUCAAUUGCAGAUGACAAUGAGAAUUUUGUAAAAGAGUACAUUUUACCUCAAAUCCGAGAGUUAAGCGAUUCAAUGAUAACGCUGGACGCGAAUUUCACGCAAUUAAACUUCAUACACGAAAGCUUAGUGGAUCUUGAUGAGUCGCUAGGUGCUUUGCUUUAUGGUUUAAUGUGUAAUUCAUGGUGUGUUGAUUUCCCGCAUGUCUCUCACGACAUUGAGGAGGAACUAAGAAUCGCCAAGAGAUUGGAGACACUGUCGCACGAGAAGAAGGCACUGUUACACGAACUGAAUACCUUAAAGAAUGAAGCACAACCUAAAAAAAACGAUGGCGUCUCUCAGUUUGUACCUCCCAGUUUUCCCUCAACGCAAUUGAGGAUCCCUAAUCCGCGUGUACAAGGAGGGCAUAUGCCACUUCAUCAAGUGAGCAAUGGGCCACAACAUCAGCAACAUCAAGAUACAGCAGAAGACGAAAUAGACAAUGAUGACAACAAUAGUGAAGCAUCGUUUAUAUCAAAUCCCGGGAUGGAGGGAUCGGCUAAGCGUCAUAAGUCUAAUAAACCUUCCUCAGGCAGCCUGCGGAGAAAAUCCAUACUGCAUACGAUUAGAAAUAGUAUAUCAACUACAACAGAUUUCAAUGCAGACAUGAAAGACACGAGUGAUCUAAGAAGAUCAUCAAGGCUGUCAUUAGCAGGUGGCGCAACAAGAAUUGUUCCAGGUCGCCCUACAACGGAAAGAUCCACCGGCCUGAUGAUUAAUGGGCAUCCUGUCGGGACAAAUGCAUCAGCUACCAAAAAGAGCUCUAACAGUGUCCCCACGAAAAGGAGAUUUCAAGCAAACAGACCUCCAUUUAGAUGA